AUGAGUCAAAAAAUAGAAAAGCCUUCACUAACAGGUCAUCGCAUCAAGACCCGGAAAAGGGAUGAAAAAGAAAAGUAUGACCCUUCAGCUUUUCGUGAUGCCAUUGUACAAGGCCUUAAUGAAGCAAGCAGCGAUAUAGAUCAGAUUUCCAAGUUUCUUGAUUCGACAGGCUCUAAAUUAGAUUAUCGUCGUUAUUCUGAAUCUCUUCUUGACAUAUUAUUCGCUGGAGGAAUUCUAGCUCCUGGUGGGUCUAUACUCCAGGAUUCCACUGAAAAAUCCAACAACAUAUACAACAGGUUGUUCACAAUUAAUUUGAUUGCCUCAAUUUUCUCUUCUUCUAAUAAUCUUAUUCAGAUAUUGUACAAGCUGAUCAGGCGCUACAAGUACCUUGAGAAGAGUUUUGAUGAUGAACUCAAGAAGCUGAUCCUGUUCUUGAAGGGAUUCAGCAUCGAGGAGAGGGAGAAGUUGGCAAAAGUGAUCGGCAUAUGUCUGUCCAAUGGACUUGGAAGCCCGGCAUCUCUAUUACCACUGUUUGAUGCUCAUCUUGUUAAGGAUGGUCUUUCACUGGAGUUUGCUCAGCACAUGUUUCACGCAUGGCUGCGGGAAAAAGACAUUCAGAACGUUGGCAAUGCACUAAAGAAGUCUGGCAUUGAGAGCAGAUUAUUGGAACUUCUUCCUAUCAACAAACGUUCUCAGGAAAAUUUUGAAUCGGCCUUCAACACACCUGGAUUGGAACCCAUCAUAGAGUUUCAGAGAGUGAAAGCGAGUGCAGAGAUGAAGAAGGGAGUGCAAUCUAAACUUGAAGAAAUGCUCAAAAAUGAAGAGCCAAUCAAAGAUAUGAUUGCUCUAAUCAAGGAGCACAUGUCCAAGACAGGCAUGCAGGAUCAUGAAACAAUUGUCAUGGUCUGGAACACCCUGAUGAAUGCAGUUGAGUGGAACAAGAAGGAUGAUUUGGUUGGUGAUCAGGCCAUCAGACAUCUCAAGCAGUACUCAUCACUUCUUGCCAGUCUCACUGAAACUAACAAGUCCCAGCUGACCUUACUGCACAAGAUCCAGGAGUACUGCUACGACAACAUGAACUUCAUCAAAGUUUUCAGUAAAAUUGUCAUCCUCUUUUAUAAAGCUGACGUACUCGAUGAAGAUGCUAUACUGAAAUGGUACAACCAUUCACACUCUGCUAAGGGCAAGACCAUCUUUCUAGAACAGAUGAAAAACUUCAUUCAUUGGCUUCAAAGUGCUGAAGAGGGUUAG